UUUCACGGCAAACGAUGACCACUGUCACACUGGAUCAUUAGCAGAAUGAAUGAAUGGCUUAAAAACCCUACCUUUUUUUCGUUCUUGUUCUAGUCGCCGCCUUUCUCUUCAGUUACAGCUUCAACGCUUUCUCCAUUGGAUAAAUUGAAAAUGAGUCGAGGUAAUGCAGCGGGACCCAAGGGGAAGAAGAAGGGAGUUACCUUCACUAUUGAUUGUUCGAAGCCAGUGGAGGAUAAGAUCAUGGACAUUGCCUCACUGGAGAAAUUUCUUCAGGAGAGAAUAAAGGUUGGAGGGAAGGCUGGUGCGCUUGGUGAAACUGUAACUCUCACCCGCGAUAAGAGCAAAAUCAUUGUCACUUCUGAUGGGGCCUUCUCCAAGAGGUAUCUGAAGUACUUGACCAAAAGAUACUUAAAGAAACAUAACGUACGGGAUUGGCUCCGAGUGAUUGCAUCCAACAAGGAUCGAACUGUUUAUGAACUAAGGUACUUCAACAUUGCCGAGAAUGAAGGCGAGGAAGAAGAUUGAUAUCUGGGAACAAUCAGUUGUAAUGCUACUUGUUUUUUAUCUUUUUAUUUUUCAGUAUCUGAUUGUUUGAGGCUUUGAACAAUCAGGUUUACAAAACUUGUUUUAGUUAUUGAAUAUGAGAUUUAGAAAUGCCUCUGUUUCACCAAUUGAAUGUAUUUUAUGUUGUGAUAUUGUUAUUAAGCUUAGAAUGAUUUGGAGUUCGAACAGAAUUGAAUCCACCUAUGACCAUUCUUCUGAUGUGUUA